AUGAACCACCCAAAGCCAUUCUACCACCAGCACUCGCCAGGAACACCAUCGACACGAGAGAAACAGCUCAGACUGCCGAGCGAGCUCACCAGGAAAGCAACGCUCACAAGCAGAACUGCUGCCCGGGGGAAACGGAAGAGCACCACAUACACUCAGCAGACCCUUGCAUUCAAGCCAGCCGAAGAACACCCUCCACUCGGCAUCCAGCUCGACACCCAAUGCUCGCCACUCACCUACCAGCGACUGCACCCCCCGGAGAAGAUCCACCAGCUCAACCGGGCCCAUGGGGGGUGGAUCGAAGAAGAAGAUCAGGCCCAGGCUAAGAACCCACAGGAAUCCCUCCCCGCCCAGACCCUCGUCUCCUCGCCAGCCCCGCCCCCUCAAGAAGACUCCAAAUCAUUCGACGAACGAUACCCGAUGCAGGACUUGUCGGAGCCCGAGGACGACGAGCCUCUCCGGCCCGACUCCGGGCCAGAAAGCCCGCGCAGGAAGCACGCGAAGAAGACAGUGGUCCUGUGUCCGGAGUCGCUGGACACCCGCCUUGUGGAUCGUUCAGCAGAGCCGGCGGCCGCACAAGCCAGCCACCAGGCUAUCCUUGCCGGCCACGCCCGUCUGCAAGACGCGGUGACCAACGACCAGGAACGGCCGGAGUCGUGGCUGCCCGAGACGCUCACGCCGGCGCACUCGUCCUCGUGUGCGCUCUUCUUCGACUCCAGCCCAGGCCGCGAGACUCAACACGUUCUCUGCCCGGAGUCCAUCGACACCCGGCCCCUCCUCGCCGCGCCCCAUCCCGGCCCAGCCAUCCUCCACGAAUCUAUCCUCGUCCCUAGCCAGCCUGACCCCCGUCUGUCCUCAUGUGCACUGUUCUUCGCCGAGGACGACGCAGAGCACCAGCCGGACCCGGACUCACGGGACGGCGCAGGCCUGGUCUUGUGUCCUAGCUCGCUCGAAACCCAGAUCGCAGUAUUUCCAGAGUCGCUCCUCCCACAGACCCAAGACUACUCCACCUCCUGUGCCCUGUUCUUCGAAGCCGACGAGACACAGCCGACAUCCCCAGCAGAUGGAUCGACGGAGACAGGCGGAAGCAAGCAGAAGGUCGUGUUAGCCGAGGAGUCCCAAGAAAUGCCCCCCAGUCCAUCGGCGGCCCCAGCAGCAAGCCGCUCGCUAGCGCCGCCGACGCCGAUCUCAGCGCGGCGGCUUCCGCGGCAGUCGCUCUCGGCCGUCCCCCUCCGCUCUCCCCGCGCCUCAUUCCCGAAGCGCAAGUCGCCAGCCCCCGCAUCGUCGUCGUCGUCGGCCACGCCUGGCACCAGCCAACAGGCGCACGUGAAGAAGAAGAGGAAGAGCGCCGACGCGAUGGCGGUGAGGGUCCGUCCGGCUUGGGAGCCCCGGCCCCAGGACAUCGUCCCCAAGCUCCAUCCGCCCGUGCUGCGCCAAACCGGGCUCGUCCAGUUCCUUCUCCCUUCCGCGUCCUCUCCUCCGCCCAAGAAAGACACCACCUCGCAAGCAGGCCGGCCCGCCUCGCGCCCGCUGCCUCCUGUGCUCCAACGCUUCCUCAACAAUGCCCGGCCCCGCGACCCCGACCUUUCGGGCGACAAGGGCAAGGCCAAGCUGGCUGUCGAGGGCGAAGAUGACGAGGACGAGAUCGUGGUCUCCGACGACGACAAUCCCCCCGUCGCCGCCCGGGACCAGGACGAGGACCAAAACGAAGACCACGAAAGCAGCAGCAGCAUUAGCAGUCUGUCCGUCCAAGAGAUCCCGGACUCGCAGCCGGCCUGCCCUCCUUCCUCGUCGCCCGCCCCCGCUUCUCGCGCAGAGGACGACGGCGACACGGCCCCUGAGGAAGAAGCAGCCGUGGUGAAAGGCUUGAGGAAGAGGAUCAGACUCGCCAGGCAGCGCGAGGCGCUCUGCAGACUCGUCUUGGAGGGCUGUCCGGCCCUUCCGGCGGGGGCCGGCGAGGACACUUCUGCGGCUCUCGUUGGCGACACGGAUCCGCCCGGUGUCGGGAGCCCAGACCAUCGGCUUACUGUCUCGGACUUGCACGGGGAGCGGGAGAGGGCGAGUCGUGACCGGCCGCCGGCCCUGGCAACCGACCGGGACAGUGUCGAUACCCGAGGCUGUGGUCCGCCACCCCCCGAGCCAUCCUUGACCGGUUUCCCCCCGCCGGACCCCGCGCGACCUGGGCCGCGGGACACCGCCGCGCCGAGCCGCACAACUUCCCCGUCUGGACAUCCGCCCGCCCGGCCUGCUCCCACCUCGUCGGCGUCGUCCACACCUCUGAAGUCCCCGGUCAAGGCGGUCAUGGCCGAUCCGCCGCUGCCGCCCGGCCCACCCGAUGCCCGUCCAGGCCCGGACGAAGACAUCGCGCGGAUCCAGCGGGUCAUCGGCGCGUUGGCCGCGCCGACGGCCGCGCCGGACUCUCCCGUUGCCCCGCCCCCUGCGCCUGCGCUUUCGGACGCCGUGCUUGCGCUGGACACGGACGCCCACCUGGCCCGCUUCUUCGCCCGGCACACCCACGCCCUCCUGCGUCCCCCCUCCCCGGGCCUCCCCGGCCUCCCCGCCAGCCCCGCCGCUCGCGCGCUCGCGAGGACCAUCCAGACCCUCCAGGACGACCAUCCGCUCUUCGACGACGGCUUUCUGCGGCUCUGUUCCCGCUCGCUCCUCGGCCUCCAAUAA